UUCCUGCUCUAUCAUCGUCUUCUAAAGGUGUUAAAUGUUAUAACUUAGCUUGCAGCAAUUCUGCAUAAAGAACCCAAACAGCAAAUUACAUCGGCAGAAAACGCAAAUCCUUAAACAUCCAUGGCGCGGAUGCAGCUCUUUCUCCUACAGUUCUUUGAAAUAGUAUUAGCAGAGACAUUCUUUCUACUUGGCCAAUCUUCAUCUGGAGAUAUAUUGUUGGGGAACAACUCACUUAUCGAUGGUCAGACAUUGAUCUCGAUGGGGAGCGUGUUCCAACUCGGCUUCUUCAGUCCAGUUAACAAUUCUGCGACUGCAUACAUAGGAAUUUGGUACUACAAUCUCCCACCAAGAGAAAACAAAGUAGUAGUAUGGGUCGCCAAUAGGAACAAGUCUGUGGACACAUCCAUGGCAUCGUUGAACCUGACUUCCGACGGAAAUCUAAUCUUAUUUGAGAAAGGAAUAAAGUUUUGGUCGACAGGAACAUCCGCAGAACUUAAUUCUCCACGCUUGCAGCUUUUAGACUCAGGAAACCUCGCGCUGACUGAUGGCAACUCUAGCAGAACUCUAUGGCAGAGCUUCGACCAUGGGUGUGACACUCUUCUCCCUGGCAUGAAGAUAGGAUUCGACUUCCGGACUAACACUUCGUGGCAGUUCAUGCCAUGGAUGAGUGCCACGGACCCUUCUCCGGGCAAGUACGUCGCCAAAAUGGAGGCGUAUAAUGUUCCGGAUUUUUUCACACUGAGUGUGGAUAGAUACGCCAAACUCGGUCGCACUGGGCCAUGGAACGGGCAAUGGUUCACCGGCCUUCCAACGAUGGGGAACAGCAUCUUGGUGAGGAACGUAAACUUCACAUACGUGUCCAACCAGAAUGAGACCUACUACAUGACUGAAUAUCAGACUCGAUCGUCACGGCUAAACCGAUUGGUAGUGGACGCCAACUUAACCUACAAACGUUGGAUUUUUGAUGGGAGAGAUUGGAGAGUUUUCUUGUCGUUUCCAAGCGACGACUGCGAUUACUACAACCAUUGUGGCCGCAACAGCGUUUGCACCAAGGGCUACUACUCAACCUCCUGUCGUUGCUUGGAAGGUUUUGUGGAGAACAAAAACGUCGUCGGGUGCGCGAGGAAGGAGCCCUUGCUUUGCUCGUCGAACCAGUUUUCGAAGGAGCAGAACAUGAAGGUGCCCGACACCGAGAACGCAACCUCACGAGGCAAGAUUAGUCUGGAUGCGUGCAAGAAAUUGUGCUUGGAUGAUUGCUCCUGUGUCGCGUAUGCGGUGAUCAAUGGGCCUUAUGGCUGCAUAACUUGGCGCGGUGAGUUGUUGGAUCUCAGAAGUUUUAUUGACGGAGGAGACGAUUUAUACAUUCGGCUUCCAGAAUCAUCGACGUCAAAUUGGAAGGAGCCUGUGUGGGCAAUAGUAGUCAUUCCGGUGUCGCUGGGAAUUCUUGUACUGUGUUGUGCAGGCGUACUCGCUCGGAGGAGGAGAAACAGAGCAUCAACCAGCAGAUUGCAAUUGCAGUUUCCAAAGGUGCAGAAAGAUUCUAUCAGCACAUUGGAUGUACUUCCUUCAUAUGAUCUGCGUACUAUAAAAGCUGCAACAAAUGAUUUCUCCGAACGAAACAAACUUGGGGAAGGGGGAUUUGGCAUUGUUUACAAGGGUCAAUUGGAUGAUGAACAGAAGAUUGCUGUCAAAAAAUUAUCAAGAUACUCCUCCCAAGGCCCUGAUGAGUUCCAGAAUGAACUCUCAUUGAUAGCCAAGUUACAACAUAGAAAUCUUGUUCGUCUUCUAGGCUGCUGCAUGGAAGGAGAUGAGCGACUUCUCAUACUUGAAUACAUGGAAAAUAAAAGCCUUGAUGCAUUCAUUUAUGAUAAAACUAAAAGUUCUUUAUUAAAUUGGCAAAAACGUUUCAAUAUUAUAAUUGGGAUCGCUCGAGGACUUCUAUACUUGCAUCAAGACUCCAGAUUGAGAGUCAUUCAUCGUGAUCUUAAGCCGAGCAAUAUUCUCCUUGACAAGGAUAUGAAUCCAAAGAUUUCAGAUUUUGGCAUUGCAAGGAUAUUUGAAGGAGACAAUGCUCUUGAGGAUGCAACAACCAGGCCAGUUGGAACAUUUGGUUACAUGGCACCCGAGUACAUAUCAUAUGGACUUUUUUCAUUCAAGUCAGACGUGUUUAGCUUCGGUGUGAUAGUACUAGAAAUCAUAAGUGGAAAAAAGAAUAGAAUAUUCAGCCAAACUGAUACAAGUUUGAAUCUUUUAGGACACGUAUAUAAACUUUGGAAAGAAGGAAGGUCUUUAGAGAUUCUUGAUGAUGCACUAAAUGAAUCAUAUACAACGGAAGAAGUUCUACGUUGUAUCCAAAUGAGUCUUUUAUGUAUCCAAGAUAACAGUGAAGAUAGGCCAACAAUGACAGAAGUAAUGACGAUGUUGGCAAGUGAGGACCAGCUCCUCACCCCGCUUAAGCAACCUACAAUAACAACAACUAAUAGCGAUGGAAGUUUCGCUACCAACGAAAUGAGUUUCACACUUGUAGGUCGAUGAAAUAUGUAUUUAAUUUUUAUCUUAUCAAUAUUUAGCAUAACAAAGUCCUUUGAUUACUAUGUAAAGUUUACCAUAAAGCAGAGUACUUCAAUAUUAUUCAUUUGGACCAAAGAUUUAAGUUUAUCAUUAUGGCUUAUUAGUCCAUAGUUUGUUCA